UAAAACCCUAACAGCCAGCAGCCUCCGCCCCUCAUCCCAAGUGCCAGCCGCCACCAGUCUCUCCCUCUCCUCCCGGCUCCGGCGAAGAGCGCCCACCAGAUCACUUGUUAAUCUUUCUCAAGGGGAGAUGGCGUUUUCUUUCGCAAACGUCAACUCUGAGGCAGGGCUGAAAAAGCUUGAUGAGUACCUUUUGACUCGCAGCUACAUCACUGGCUACCAAGCUUCCAAGGAUGAUCUGGCUGUCUACUCUUCAUUUUCGGCUGCUCCCUCAUCCAAGUAUAUCAACGUAGCAAGGUGGUUUACUCACAUUGAUGCACUCUUGAGGCUGAGUGGAGUUACUGCAGAGGGCCUAGGUGUCAAGGUUGAGUCAUCAGCAGUUCCUUCAGCCUCAACUCCUGAUGUUGCUGAGGCCCCAGCAGCUGACGAUGACGACGACGAUGAUGUUGACCUUUUUGGUGAGGAGACUGAAGAGGAGAAGAAGGCUGCUGAAGAGCGUGCUGCUGCUGCCAAGGCUUCUGGCAAGAAGAAAGAAUCUGGGAAGUCUUCAGUUUUACUUGAUGUGAAGCCAUGGGACGAUGAAACUGACAUGGCCAAGCUCGAGGAAGCUGUUAGGAGUGUCCAGAUGGAAGGACUGCUCUGGGGUGCUUCCAAGCUUGUCCCAGUUGGAUAUGGCAUCAAGAAGCUGCAAAUCAUGAUGACCAUUGUCGAUGACCUUGUCUCUGUCGACACACUCAUUGAGGACCAUCUGUGCGCAGAGCCAGUGAGCGAGUACGUCCAGAGCUGCGACAUCGUUGCCUUCAACAAGAUCUAAAUUUGCUAGAGGUGCUGGCGAAGGUGGUUGGCGGGCAAUGCAACAACCUAAUUUAUCCAUAUUUCUGUGUCUGCUUUGUGUGGCUAGUGAUAUUGCCGUGAGGUUUUUGGAUCCUAGUCGUGUCAAAUGUACCAGUACCAGAGUUAAUUUGCUUUAAUUCGAAACACAGUCUGGUGGAUUUCUGUUACUA